AUGUAUUUUGCAGAUUGCUCAGUAGAAGAACCGCUUGGAAUGGAGGAUAAACGCAUCCCAGAUGAUCACAUAACAGCCUCGUCUGUGUACCAAAUAAUCCCGGUCACGGACCUGGAAACUCAAGCAACGCCAUGCACCAUUACCCAGGAGCCUGACCCACAGACCGGCCGCUACCGCUGGUUGAUUCAAGCCGUGGACCCGUGUGGGUGCACGGAGAUCGGAAUGGGUGGCUUCAGCACCUUCGUACCGUACAGACCCUACGAAGUGACGUACUAUGACACCUUUCUGAUCAGCAGUGAUCCUGAGGAGAUACAGCAAUGGCUGAACUGCACUGGAAAAUUGAGUGCGAGCGUACCGCUUGAGUGCAAACGCGGUUCCAUCACAGUACAGUAUUUGUGCAUUUAUUCCUCAGGCGACUCUUCUUGCUCUGUUGAGGGACCUCUUGGGAUGGAAGAUGGUCGCAUCCCGGAUGAACGCAUCACAGCUUCGUCUUUUUGGGCAAACCGCGCUGACCACGCCCCAACGAGGGCCAGGCUUAAUACUCAAGGAUACGCUGCAGCAUGGUGUAACGAUGAUAGCACUGAUAAUAUCAGUCCAUGGAUACAGGUUGACUUCAAUGGCACAGUCACCAUUACUGGUUUGAUCACCCAGGGGCGCGGAGAUAACGACCAAAGGGUGACCGAGUACCAAGUGACGUACAGCAAUGACCGUCAGUCCUGGGAUCACGUGUCUGAUGCUGACGGCACACCAAUGAAGUUCCCUGGUAACAAUGACAUGAACACCCUGGUAACCACGCGUUUCCCGUUUGCCUUGCGCACCAGAUUCCUGCGCAUUCACCCCAUUGCAUGGAACGAACAUUGCAGCAUGAGAAGACAAAGUUUCUGGACUGGUCUCAUCAAGGUAGAUGACAUUGUCUUCACCUUGGCUGAUCUGACUAGCUGGUCCCCUCCCUGA